AUGAACAACAAAAACUUUAGUUUAACGGUCAGAGAACUGCCACUGCAAGACUCAGGGGAUUUUCUAGUUACAGGCGAAGGGGACAAAGGUCAGAUUGGCGGUAGGACCAUCACUCUGAAGGUCAACGGUAGGCUGUUAUCACCUUUUUGCAUCCUAUUUUGAUAUCAUUCUAAUUUAUAUCCAUGACCACGGCUGAUGAUUUUUAAACUAUAAUGAAGAUUUGUUGGUUUUAUACUGACCUUACUCACCAUGCUUUGAUACAUUUCCAUCACAUUAUCAAGUUUUAUCCUCUGUCGUCUUUCUCCUGGUGGUAUGGCUAUGGUAGGGUUCAUUUAGAAGACUGAUUAUGAGUCUCUAUCUCUCUCCUGGUUGGUCAGAGCCUAUAUCCAAGGUGGUGAUCCAGACAGACAUCAAGCUAUUGGCCAACCACUCCUGUACGGUGCGGCUGGUGUCCAACGUGUCCUGA